AUGUUGAUUGGAGCGCAUGACCGUCGCGGUAGCAGCAUUGCAACGGACGUAGAUGACGCCAUUGAGCGUGUCGUGGACCACUUUGAAAGCAGCAAUUUGGCUUUGCGUCUGGACGUGCUACGGGCGCUGAGUGCUCAGGCACAAUUAGCAUUUGAGACCACUCGAGCACGGGAACGUCUUGGCCACCACCCGGUGUCCAUGGAUUUGAUUGAGGGUAUUACAAGUCAGUCACCAGUAUACAAGACACUGGCUGAGAAGCUGACGGUGGAUAGCUGCAGUUGCAACUAUGAUGUUAAGCGGAAUGUGGUCAUGACCACGAACGUGCGUUGGACGUUGGGAAGCCGGAAAGUGACCAAGAAAUGCAAGACAUCGGUGGCUAUGAUUGCUAUGAAGACGGAGGAGAAGAGGUCGUUGAUUACCAAGUACAGGUAUGAGAGAGUGAGACAGGAAAAAGAGAAGGAAGAGGAGGAAGAAACGCUCAUCAAGUUCUCGGUCAUUGUGGCUUUUGGAGACGACGAUGCCACGCCCAGAGAGUUGCUGUACUUUGAGAUGGCAUGUGAAUACCCGUACCCCAAGAGCUACUAUGAGGACCAGCAUCGCUUAUCGUCGAAUGAUAAGGAGGAGGAGAGCGACGGCAAAGAAAGCAAGAAGGAAAGGGAAGAGGAAUGUGACCAGGAACAAGGAGACGGAGAGACUUUUGGGGAGGAGCUACGCGAAUGUCGCUUCAAUAACGAAGUGCUGGUUAAUAUGAUUGAGUGGAUGGGAGCUGGCAAGGAGGAAUUGGACCCCGUCGAUGUUGUUGGCUUCUUUAUGGCGUUGCCUGUGCAUGAGGACGAGUGGCUUGUAGACGAACGUGUGUGCGAGAUUCUUUUCCAAGGCGGAAUGGGAGCUGAUAGCAGUGAUGAAGAAAGUAGCGAGAAGCACGAAGAGAACGGAGACGAUGAAUCAGAGCUGUAG